UCUUUCUGACUCCCAGGUGAACAUGUCCUCGAGAGUGCGCAUCUACGUCCACCGCCUCAGCGAGAUGACACGAUAUCGCAAAUUUGGAUUAUGCCGUUGAGGAAAUCGAAUUGUGCUCGCAAGUGCUCGCAACGGAAUUGCUUGUUUCGAAUGAAGGGAGUUUUUUUUUUUUUCGUGCUUGUGAUACUGUGCGAAUUCCGAAGAGGAGAGAGAAUGACGAAGUUCUGAUCGGAAGAGCGAUCGAGAUACGAAUUUCUAGUCGCACUUUCUUCAAAAUUUUGUUCAAUCUCUCGUGUCUCUAACACUGGAGAGGCAACAAACUACAAGCAAAUACAAUUGGAUCUAUAUCACACGAGAUCGAGUGAUGCAACGCGCGCACGCGGGGAGCAUUGAGAUCUUCUCCAGGCGUUGAAGUCUCCGUACUCGCAGUUAAAUUUCGCACCGAAGUUAGAAUUGUGCCGCAAAACUUUCACGUUCGAGUUUGUUUUUUUUUACUUUCUUGUUGUUAACAAUUCAAUAAUUAUAAUCAAUUUCGCCGUGGAACUUCGACAGAACUCUCUUUCUUUGAAAAAAAAAUUGUGUGUGUGUGUGUGUUCUGAAAAUCUUGGUUCGAUGCGCGAUACUUGUGAAAUCGCGUUCUUUGUGCAACAUCCGUUCGGAGUGUUGUAAAAAAAAAAAAACAGCAGUGAUGUGACUUUGUGCUUUUCGCGGUGAAUGUUGUAGAAAGCAAAGUUGUCCGACACAAUUUCGAUUCACGGAUUAAGGAUUUACUUUCGCAAACAACAACGCGUUCUGGACAAGCGUAUAUGGCCGAUGCGCGACUGGAAUGGCAGAAAAGUUGCGCGAGGCGGCUGCUUGUGGCGACGUUGCUCGACUCACACGUCUGCUUGAUGCGAACGUUAAACCGUUACCCGACGAGAAUGGCCGUGGGCCCCUGUUGCUGGCCGCGGCAGGUGGCCACGUGGAAGCGUGCGAGGCCUUGUUACUGCGGGGCGUCGAUGUCAGUGCCACGGACGACCAUGGUAACUCGGCGCUACACGAGGCAUCAUGGCGCGGCUAUAGCCGGACCGUGGCGGUUCUGGCGAAGGCCCUCGGGACCCAGCGGGCCCCACUGCAUGCCAGGAAUCUCGCCGGAUUUGCACCGCUUCACCUUGCCUGUCAAAACGGCCAUAAUCAAAGCUGUCGAGAACUCCUCCUAGCCGGCAGCAAUCCCGAUCUUCAGAACAACUACGGGGACACGCCGCUUCACACUUCCGCGCGUUACGGCCACGCCGGCGUAACGCGCAUUCUGAUCUCGGCUCUGUGCAGAGUUUCCGAACAGAACAAAAACGGCGAUACCGCAUUGCACAUAGCCGCGGCGAUGGGCCGACGGAAGUUAACGCGAAUCCUUCUGGAGGCUGGUUGCGAUCGAAGUUUGCGGAACAAACAGGGCGAAACGGCGAAGGACAUCGCUCGACGUAAGAAUCACACCGAAAUCCUGGAGAUCAUCUCCAAGACUCGCGGUAAAAGCCGAACGCGCAGCAAAAGCCGCGAAAAAGAUUCGGUGGACGGUAAAAUUGAAGACGACAAGGAUCAUAAGGCGGUAAAGUCAAACAAGAAGCGAGAAAAGACCGGAAGCGGCACGAGCGGCGGCGGCGGAAGCUCGAAAAAGGAUCGAAAGAAACACAAGUCCUACAGCAAGCAGCAUAAGGUCCGUUUUGAAAAAGCUAUCAUGGGCCGACAGUGGUCGCCUUACGGCUGCCACUAUUAUCCGGAUCCGGAAGCGUUUCCGCAACCACGUCUCGACUCUCUGCCGGCUGACCCUUUGGGGCGGGGCGAGCAGUACUACUUGGAUCUGGCGGGCAACAUCAGAAAGGGCCCGGUCGGUGUCGGUUACACGUGCUAUUGCGCGCCGUUCUUCCGACAUAUGGAAGCGAAACUGGAACGCGACAAAGCCGAGCUUAAGGCGCACAUCGAUCAGGCUCACGAGAAGCUGGAUCUUAAGGUUGCCAAUCUGGAGAGGAGAACCAGAGGACAGAUCUCGGAACUGACCAGAUGCGUUCAGGAGGAGCGAUUCAGAUGCGACGAGAGAUACUCGCACGUGCAGCAUCGUCUGCAGCGAGGCGGUAGAGGAAGGUACAGCGAGAGACCGAUGAAGACCAAUUACAAUCAGUCGGAAAUCGUGCUGCCCACCAGAACGAGAUCGCUGGAGGAUCUGCUGGACGAUCGACCGCAGGAUCGGAGUUUCGAGAUUCCGGGUGAGACGUCAAUUCACCGCGGGAGUCUGGACGAUCUCGACAUACCGGCCAUACCUAGACUCAGCAUAUCCAUGAAGGAUUUACCUUCCGGAUCCGCAGUGACCAGAUCAGCGCUCAGGGUACUGGACAUCCCGCCGAGACUUAACGAAACGUUCGACGGGGUAAUUCGCCAGAGCGAAACCUCGCCCCUGAACAUGGCGUCGACGGAAUCACCUUCCGUUGAGGGAAGACGUCAGCAGAGGAGUUGCGCGCACGAUAAAAACAUUCCUACGGAAGAUAAGACCCGAAGGAACAACAACGCGUUAAACAACGGGAACACGUUGGACUGGAGCGGCGGUCGUCGCAGCGUUCACGAGAUAAUCAAACGAUUUCAACAAGUACCUGAUAUAAACAGCGGCUGGCGAAGACUCUGCGGGAAGAGCAAACCUGCCGCCAAGGACGAACACGUCAAGUGUUCGCAAAAUCAAAGAGUUCCUUCUCAAGGUAACGAAAGCGAGAGCAGCGAGGGGGAAGACGAUGACGCCGAGCAACCGGAAGCGUACAAAGGAAUGAACUACAGAAACGGCAUUUCCGACGACGUGCAUUACGACAGCAUCGCGAGAAUGCCAUACAGAUCGCGCAAUCCCGUGUACAGUCCGACGCCGCCUCUGCACGACACUCACAACGAUUCCGGAUACAGCACUCGCAUGUACGGGUCCAGCAAAGGCGCGUCGCCCUCAUUGUCGGGCCAGUUGGAGUGUGACGUAAUUUUGCCAUCCUCGACCGGGCCGUUUACGAACGGAGAGCAACUUGCCGCGUUGCUGGAACAACCGAGAGGACACGAUCUGACGGUUUACGAACGAAACGGCGAUAACGUUGUUAUAAACAUCGGUACGGCCAGUUUGGUUUAAACGUGUAAUUUUUUUUUUUUUUUUGACGCCGCGUUGUGGUUUUUUUUUCUUUAACCACACACAAGAGUCACACCUUCAAAUUAUAUUCAAGCGUACCGCAUUAUAUAUUGUAUAUAAAAAUAAAAUACGCGCCUCUCUCCGGGGAGGCUUCAGAAAUGUUUUUGUGAAGCAAACAAUUCGCUGUUGAUAUAUUAUAUAUUACGAAAGGUGUCAUAUCUCCGCGUUGCCAUGUUUUUUUUUAUAUCGUAUAAGAGCAAAACAUAUUGCGUGUGUGUGUGUAGCCACACACAAACAGUAUUUAUUAUUCGUGUAUGAUAUCGUGUGUAUAAAAAUUGUAUGAUAUAAAAAUAUUAUAUAAAAAUUAUAUAAAGAGAUGGAUGUUUGUGUAACUGACGAUUGUCGAAACUCAAUUAAUUUUGACUGUCACAAUCAUUUCUGUCUUUUCUCAAUUCAUGUAAAAAAGUCGGAUUUGUGAACUCUCAUAAGUCAUCAGUUACACUCACGUUUAAUCACGAGUACAUGUGAUUACUUCAGUACGUGUAUACGACAAUAUACAAAAAAUAAAGAAAUUCA